GAACCUGAAAAUCCACCGGAGAUCGCCUCAAGUUUCAGAGCUGUUGAGUAUUUUCCGGCGAAAUUUGCCGGCGAAAUGUGCAAGUUCGGAUCACUCGUCUUCCUCUUACUUCUUUGCUCUGCGGCUCUUGCUUCUGCUCAGGGAUCUAAGAACAGAACCACAAAGUGGCAGACAUUAAGCGGAAAUGAACCUUUGGUCGUGGCACGUGGUGGCUUUUCAGGGCUAUUUCCUGAUUCUAGCGGAAUUGCCUACCAGUUUGCUGGACUGGUUAGUUUACCCAACGUAUUAUACUGGUGCGAUGUACAGCUGACAAAAGACGGUGCUGGCAUUUGCUUUCCAAAUCUCAUGAUUGUGAACGGUUCUGACAUAUCAACUUUUUACCCAAACAAAACUAGUACCUACUCUGUUAAUGGGGUAUCUAUGACAGGAUGGUUCCCUGUGGAUUUCACCCUCAAUGAACUGACAAAUGUCGUUUGUAAGUUUAGAUGUCGAUAGUCUUAUGUUCCAGUUUCAUGUGGCCUUAACAUUUUUUUUAUGACCUGAUAUUCUUAACUGCUGCAUGAAUGUUUUGGUUUGUAUAUAAUAUAUGGCACGAGGUGUAAGAUAUUUGUGACAUUAGUAGAACCUUGUGUAAGCAUAAUCCUUUAAUGUGCAUUUAUAAGUUAUAACAAAUAUAAAACUAUUCAAUCAA